AUUCAAAAUCGGUAGCAUAACUUUACAUCGACAGUGAGGGUUCUUCUUCAUAUAAAAGGGCGGUCAAAGUUGGACUUGCUUGAAAGAAACCAAACAAAAGCUUGGUGGGCUCAAAUCAGUCAGGCAGUUUGUUUUUGACAUGCUUUUAAACCAGAGUUGAAUUCGGCGAAACAUGAUUAUGAAACCUUAUUUGUGAAAUAUCACAGCGUCUGUUUGAACAAAAUUUGGUUCAACUGCUGUGAAUUGACAAUUUUCAGUUUUACGGGUUUUUUUUCAUCACGUUAUACUAAUAGAUAAGCAGAUUAUUUCACUUUUAAUAUGCGUUUCUUUAGCUGCAAUUUAUCUCUUUAAAAUUUCAGCUGGUGGCUAGACAUUAUUUGCCGCUCAUGUAAGUUGUUUGUCUAUGGGGAAAGAAACCCAUUUAAAGCCAAAAUGGCGAAUAUGAUGUCACGUUUUUAUUAUCCAAUCAGCACGCACACUAAAGACGUGCCCCACGUGGGAUCCCAAGCUUGAUUGGUCCGUUGUGGUAAACUCCUUUUCGAGCUUUGAUUGGCCGCGUUUGGUCGUUCUCGCGGUAGUUGAGCCCGCGUGUCAGUGGGCAGUCUGUGUGUGGUACUGGAGAAGAUACUGGGCAAAACGAUUGCGAGCGGAUGGCACGUAGGAACCAAACUUUUCACCAUCAAACAUUUAAAACAAACAAACGGGGAUUGGGCGAAUCGACCAACAACUGGAAUUCUGCGAAUUUUGAACAACCGAGACCCGAGUAUUAACUGGGAAAAACAUUUUUCCAAUCGAUUGUAGGCGCUGCUCUUCUAGGGUUGGGAUUGUACGCAGCCCAGCCGACAACCGAUUCCCAACCAGCGCCUCGUAUAAGGUCACGAGUGGAGGACUUCGACGAUUCCUCCGCGUGAGGAAUUACUGCUGUAUUUACCUUUGUGGAAAGGGACUUAAUGGAGACAAAAGGAUAACUGGGAUAAGGUGUGGGAGAAACUCGCGUGGAUCGGGCGGACGGACCGAGCUUUGUGCGUCCGUUUGUGCUGGGAGGGCUGACGGACAGACGGACGGACUCGGAUUACUGAGGAGCGCCACAUCCACUGGAUCUUAACCUCAGAAAGGAUACAUUCAAGAUGUAUCCACAGGGCCGGCAUCCGGCACCUCACCAGCCUGGUCAGCCAGGUUUCAAAUUCACAGUAGCAGAAUCAUGUGACAGGAUUAAAGAUGAAUUCCAGUUCCUUCAAGCUCAGUACCACAGUCUUAAAGUGGAGUAUGACAAACUGGCCAAUGAGAAGACUGAGAUGCAGCGACACUAUGUAAUGUACUACGAGAUGUCCUAUGGGCUGAACAUCGAAAUGCAUAAACAGACUGAGAUUGCCAAACGGCUAAAUGCUAUUCUUGCUCAAAUCAUGCCUUUCUUGUCACAAGAGCACCAACAGCAGGUCGCGCAGGCUGUUGAACGUGCUAAGCAGGUGACAAUGACAGAGCUGAAUGCCAUCAUCGGGGUACGUGGACUUCCCAAUCUGCCUCUCACCCAGCAGCCUCAUUCUGUUUAUCCUGCUUUGAUGCAGCAGCAGCUCCAGGCUCAGCACCUUUCCCAUGCUGCUCAUGGACCCCCGGUGCAGCUGCCUCCUCACCCCUCAGGGCUGCAGCCCCCCAGCAUCCCUUCAGUCACCGGUACGACGCCUGGUUUACUGGCGCUCGGCGCUCUGGGUAGCCAGGCACACCUGCCAGUCAAAGAUGAGAAAAACCACCAUGACCUGGAGCACAGAGAGCGGGAAUCCAGCACGCAGAAUAAUUCAGUAUCACCGUCAGACAGCCUGAGGGCCAGUGAAAAACACAGAGGUUCAUCUGACUACAGUCUGGACUCAAAGAAGCGCCGAGUGGAAGAGAAAGACAACCUGAGCCGUUAUGAUAGCGACGGUGACAAAAGCGACGAUCUUGUUGUGGAUGUGUCCAAUGAGGACCCAGCCACCCCAAGGGUCAGCCCGUCUCACUCUCCUCCUGAGAACGGACUUGAUAAGGCCAGAGCACUGAAGAAAGAUGCCCCCAACAGCCCCGCCUCUGUGGCCUCCUCUGGCAGCACCCCCUCUUCGAAAGUGAAGGACCACUCACAUAACGACAAGUCCUCCACCCCAGGUUUGAAGUCCAACACCCCCACCCCACGCAACGAUGCUCCCACCCCGGGAACCAGCAACACCCCUGGGCUCAGGCCCAUACCCGGCAAACCUCCCGGUAUAGAAACACUGGCAGCACCCGGUAUUCGUACACCAUUGUCUAUCGCAGCACCCUACGGGGCUCCGUUCGCAAUGAUGGGUCAUCACCCAGAGAUGAACGGUUCGCUGACCAGUCCAGGUGUUUAUCCAGGCCUGCACAUCUCCCCUCAGAUGACAGCCGCAGCUGCUGCUGCUUAUGGACGCUCACCUAUGGCGGCCUUUGAUCCUCAUCCCCACAUGCGUGCUCCUGGUUUACCACCAAGUAUGACCUCUAUACCUGGAGGAAAACCGGCCUACUCCUUCCAUGUUAGCGUGGAUGGACAGAUGCAGCCAGUACCUUUUCCUCCAGACGCUCUGAUUGGGCCAGGCAUACCCCGUCACGCCCGUCAGAUCAACACGCUCAGCCACGGUGAGGUUGUGUGCGCUGUAACCAUUAGCAACCCUACGCGGCACGUCUACACUGGAGGAAAGGGCUGCGUGAAGAUCUGGGACAUCAGUCAGCCCGGGAGCAAGAGCCCUGUCUCGCAGCUCGAUUGUCUGAACAGGGAUAACUACAUCCGUUCCUGUAAGCUGCUUCCUGAUGGUCGGACUCUGAUUGUCGGAGGAGAAGCCAGCACUCUGACCAUAUGGGAUCUGGCCUCCCAGACACCCCGUAUCAAAGCCGAGCUCACCUCUUCUGCUCCUGCCUGCUACGCGCUGGCGAUCAGCCCUGACGCCAAGGUCUGCUUCUCAUGCUGCAGUGAUGGAAAUAUUGCAGUUUGGGAUCUUCAUAACCAAACACUUGUCAGGCAGUUCCAGGGGCACACAGAUGGGGCAAGUUGUAUAGACAUUUCCCAUGAUGGCACCAAAUUGUGGACAGGUGGCCUUGACAACACCGUUCGUUCCUGGGACCUGAGAGAGGGACGGCAGCUCCAGCAGCAUGACUUCACUUCACAGAUCUUCUCUCUGGGCUAUUGUCCGACGGGUGAGUGGUUGGCUGUAGGAAUGGAGAGCAGUAAUGUGGAAGUGCUUCAUCACACCAAGCCAGACAAGUACCAGCUGCACCUGCACGAGAGCUGCGUCCUCUCCCUCAAAUUUGCCUACUGUGGGAAAUGGUUUGUGAGCACUGGGAAGGACAAUCUUUUGAAUGCCUGGAGAACUCCCUAUGGUGCCAGCAUUUUCCAGUCAAAGGAGUCCUCAUCUGUCUUGAGCUGUGACAUCUCGGCUGAUGAUAAAUACAUUGUGACAGGAUCUGGAGACAAGAAGGCCACUGUGUAUGAAGUGAUCUACUAAAUUUUACACCUUUACCGGAUUUUAAAGCCCGCGAAUGGAACUUAUCUCCAAGCCUGUUUUGAAUGGAUUCAAGAGGACACCCCUCCAUCUUUUUCUUAAAGAUAUCUACAGUAGGAAUCCAGGUUAGCAUUUGGUUCGUCCACUCGGUGGGCAUCAAUACCAGAUGUUUAUUAGCACACCUGGAUUCUUGCCGCAAGUGGAGCAGUACUCCAAACUGGAAAAACUGUCCCAAGGACUCCCUGACAGCACUAAUAUAGUAAAUAUUGUCAUGCCUUUGCUUUCAGUGUGCUCAUGGGAUUGUGUGUGCCUAUUCCUUCUGUAGUUUUUUCCCUACCUUUGAACACAGUGAACGAUCUGUGAUGUAAUAUGAAGCAGUGCUUCGGUUUUAGCCUCCUGCUCCUUGGACAAUUUGUUAAAAAGUGUAUAUAUGGAGUAAUAAAGACAUUUUAUAAAUAUAUAUAAUUAUAUAUAUUUCCAUGUCCUGA